GCUGACUGUUGUAGUCAGGGUGGCGCGUUGUCAGAUGUAGCGUUGAGGAAGAGGUAAUGGCUGCGUCUGGUUAUCUUUCGGGCACCUAACUGCUCGUGCUUCACUAUAUUUACUUUUGUGCUAAACAUUUUAUCCAUCUUUUAUUCCUUUCUUGGCUUCAGUCUGAUUCAUUAUCCUCUUUUGUUUUUUUUUAGCAAUUUCUUUUAUGCUUUCUCUUCCGUUAUCAACUCAUUCCUUCCCCUACUAUUUUCUCCCUUACAUGCUCCCAUAUUAUAUGUGGGAAUUUUGUUAUUUUUCGCUUGCAUUCCAACAACAGUCCUCAAUAAAAACUGCUGCUACACUUCCAGUUGGGUGUCAUCAGCGAUGACCCGGGUACAUACGCCCGGCAUUGGCCCCUAAAUAAUAGCUCACACACACCACAACAAACAUAGCCAUUAACAUCAACAACCUUACGUCACCCUGGAAGGAAGCAGAAGUGUACAAGGGAGAAAGAGAAAAAGGUGGAAAGGGAAGGAAAAGGUUUGUUUUGGUGGUGGUGUUGUUAUUGUUACUACUGCUGUCGUCUCCACCUCUUCAACAAAAAAAAAAUAAUAAAUAAACAAACUAAAACCAAAAAUUUGGUCAAAAUAACACAAGAGUAAAAUGAGCAGCGACGUCGAGGAUCAUAUUCGUCAGAAUACACCAUGGUCGAAACUACCAGGACUAGUAAAGCAGAGUCUUGGAAAUUCACAAAAAGAGUAUGAAAAGGUUGUGGUAGAAUUUAGUGUGAAGAAUCAGUUACGGUAUAAAGGAAAUAUUGUAAAAACAUUUCGUAAAGAUGAGCGCCGUUACUACGAAGAACUUUUAUGCUACAGUCGUGAACACCUCAUGCUUUAUCCAUACCAUCUUUCCGAUGUGGUUGUGCGUGGUUUGCGUGUCACACCUUUCUCCUACUAUAUCGAUAUCAUGUCUUCUAUCAUGACACAAGAAAAAAGUUAUGAUUCAUUACCAAAUUUCACUGCUGCAGACUGUCUACGUCUUCUUGGAAUUGGUAGGAAUCAAUAUAUAGACCUAAUGAAUCAGAACAGAUCUAGUAAAAAAUUCUUCCGCAGAAAACCAGUACGUGAGCUAUUACCUAUGCAACCUGUAGACUCAGUAUCGGCUGACCAUUGGUGGAUUGUCAAUAUCGGUUACAUCACAGAAGAUGAUAUCAAGAUGUGCCAUGUUGCUGAGAAGGAAGCAAUCGACAAAGUCAUUGACUACGGGCCACAGCUAGCAAAUGAUGUUGAUUACAAAGUCUUACAUGGUUUGUAUCGUAAAGGUUUGGUCUACUUAGAUGUGCCCAUUGCUGAUGAUGACUGUAUUGUUGUUCCUCCUCUACAAGGAUUUGUCAUGAACCGAGUGCUUGGAGAUUAUUUUGAGACAUUACUGUACAAAAUAUUUGUAUCCAUUGAUGAACACACAACAGUGGCUGAGCUGGCUAGCAUUUUGGAGAUUGACUUACAAUUAGUUAAGAAUGCAGUUUCCAUGUUCUGUCGUUUGGGUUUUGCCCACAAGAAAAUAAAUGACCUCAACUUAGAUGACCUACACUCAUCUUGGAGAGCUCGACAAACGUUAACUAAAAAACCAAGUCAAGACCAACUUCUCCUGGAGAUGAGUAUGCCACUCACUGAGACCGAGUCUCUGUUGGAUGUAAACACAGCCAGUAAUACUGACAGUUCAAGUAUUGACAGUUCUCUAGAAGUCAGUGGUCAAAAUGCUGGGUCAGCAAAGAGAAUAGUUUUCCUGUUUGAUUCUACACUAACAGCAUUCCUUAUGAUGGGAAAUUUGUCUCAGGGUCUUAAGAGUCAUGCAGUGACAAUGUUUGAGGUUGGGAAACUGAGUGAUGAGUCAAUGGACAGCUUUUUAACAGAGUUAGAAAAAGUUGGUUCUGAAGCUGAAGGGGAAGCACAGCGUUACUUCGACCAUGCUGUUACCCUAAGGUACACAAUCAGAUUCCUUCGUUACAACAAAAACCUCUUUCCGGACUCUAACGCAAAUUCCUCUGGUCUUGGCAUAGAUCUGAUCCGAUGUGAGAGUCUCUUAAGCUUAGACGCAGCUACUCGAGCUCGGAUUCUGAACAAAAAUUAUACUUUGCUAGUCUCCAUGGCACCAUUGAGCUAUGAAGUAAAACCAGUUUGUAGUUGUACACCACAACAUAUAGGUCCUACGAUUCCAGAGGUUAACUCGGUAUGGUUCAAGUUGUUUAUAUACCACUUGACUGGGAGUGGCCCACCAUCUGUAUUAUUAGUAAAAGGUACAAAACUGAGGCGGUUACCAGCAAUAUUUCAGGUAUGUACUUUUAUAGUUUCUAUUGGUACAAGAGCCCAUGGUUGGGAAACUGAUGGUAACACAAUCUUUGUGCCGUUUCCUCUAAACGACAAAAAUGGUUACCCUUCAUCAGGAAAAUUCUCUCUGAAAAAUUCACAAUACCAUAAGGCUGUUCAAAAACUUUCUAAAUCAAUAGAUCUACAACACACAUGUGGCUAUAUAACAUUAUUGAACAUUGGUAAACCUGGUCAUCCAUCAUCAGUGGAUGUUUUGGGGGCCAACUUCAGUCAGAAUCUAAUUCUUUCAUCUGAGACUGAUUCUGACUUAAAAUGUGAUGAGAAGGAACUCAAUGUGACCAGCUUUGACAAUAGUUACAAUGAGCUGGGUAAUUUGCAACAACAUUCAGAUGCUCCCUGCAAUGGCAUUAAAAACCAAGCUUGUGCUGAUAUACUUUCAAAUGAAUUGGAUAAUCUUCAGAAUCAACAAAUGGACCACAGUAACAUUGCUCGAGAUAACCUCACUUUAAACAUCAUUCCACCUUCUGAACAGGACCAAGACGAGAGUACUGUAGAGGACAGUGAAGACACAUGGCUUCUGCUAGACUGUUUCUUUGGCAUUCCACUAUUUGAGUCUAAGCUCAACAAAGAGGUUUGCCAGAGAGUUGCAUCUGGGAAACUAUGUACCAAUGAAAGUUUAGAGCAACUGCUUCACUCCAGUAGGAAACUUUCUCUACGUCUAUUAACAUUCAUAUCCCAUUAUCAGGGUAAAAAUGGAAGCCAGGAUUUAAAUGGUUCCACACCAGAAACUGAGUACAAAAUAUGUUCAGCACCACGACAGAACCUGGUAUUCUCUCAGGGACGCUUAGAAAAGUGGGAUGGACGCUGAAUUUAACAUGUUGAUGAUUUAUGAGGAUGAUUAUUAUUAUUAUAUAUUUUUCUUUCUGUUAUUAGAAAAUAAAAUAAAAAAAGUUCUACAAAUAA